UCCAAAAUUCAUUAAUUGUCGUUCAUUGAGCAGUGAACAUUGUUUUGACAGUUCUAUUCUUCAAGCCGAAAGUGUCUGGUUGGUUUUUGGUGCCCAGCAUUUUGCCUACAGUCAUGACUUUCCUUACAAACGUACUUUUGAAGAAAGUCAAAAGCAAAAAAGUCAUGGUUCUGAUGGAGAGUGUGGUAAGCGGUCACCAGUUUAAUUUGAUUCGGGAACGUUUAGCAGAUAAAAUUGAAGUUAUUCGUUUUGAUCCCUAUAUCCAGAAGGAGUCAAUCUACCGCGAAAGAAAGCGAAUCCGAAGUAUGAAGUGAAGAAAUCAAAGGUACCCGUUUUGUUUUAAGUAGUCUUGGUUGUAAAGUAUUAAAUACGAUUUUUAAAUAAACAAAAUCGAAAGCUAA